AUAGCCCAAUCUCAUUGGGCCUGCCAAUGUCACACGUGUGCAUUCUGGCACUUGUGAAGCUCACUUCAUGAUCUAAAGUCUGGCUUGACUACCUAAAUUUGAAUAGCGAGAGCAUAUCCAUUUUCCCUCCGAAAAAACGCACGAGCAUGAGCUGAUAAAAAAUGGGAAGGGAAGGCGACCAAGUGUUUGCAAAAAUGCUAACGAGAAACUCCGUUUCUAAAGCCCCGCAACCCACCCCUCUCCGUAGAUCCCCAAGGCUUCUCAAUCAAAAGACUCCCACAAAAUCAAAAGAUUUGAAUGCCCCAAAGGGCAAAUCCAAGGAAAACCCCUCUUGCUCCACGGAGAAAAUUCCCAAGAAAGCGGUAAAACCAAGUAAAGGUUCAACAAAUUGUGUGAAUUCAACGUCUCGGUUUCGAAGAUCUCCGAGAUUGAACAGUGUAUCAAGUAAACUUUCAACAAAUGGUGUGAAUUCGACGCCUGGGUUGCGAAAAUCUCCAAGAUUGAACAUUGGAUCUUUGUCUAACAAGCCAGAGGAAAGCAAGUUUGUGGAGACAAAGAAGGUUGAAUGUAGGAAAACCAAUGGAGGAUCGUUGGAUGAUGAGAAAAGGAAAGUGGAGAGGAAGGCAAGGGAACUUUGUGUUGGUUUGAAUGCGGUUGUGGAUGAAAGGAGAGAACUUUGUGAAAUAAGUGAAGAUGUUGGGGUUGAGAGAAAGAGGAAGAGGAAGCCGGGCGAGAGAGGUGAUGCGAAUGAUCAAGGUUGGACAAGGGAUCAAGAAUUGGCUUUGCAAAGAGCCUAUUUUGGGGCCAAGCCCGCGCCUGAUUUUUGGAAGAAGGUUUCAAAGCUGGUGCCAGGAAAAUCUGCACAGGAUUGCUUUGAUAAAAUCCACUCUGACUGUUUAAUGACAAUUCAACCCCAGCCUCGGUCCAGGGAAAAAAGAAGGAACUUGUCGCCCAUCGAACUUUUGUCAUUGUCUGCAAGCAAACCGCUUAAACGCACUACGCCUAGGAAUAAAAGGCCAACGUGCAGUAAACAGAAAAUCCAUCUUGUACAGAAAAAAAUGGUGAGACAUUUGUUGCAAAAGCAUUAUCAUGUGGUCCAAGGUGAUGAAGCAGAUCUGUUCUCUAUUCUUGAGCCCGAGACAAGUCCAUCUAUGCAUAUGCUUCCAAAUGUUAUGCUUUCCACCCCAAAACCUUUAUCGGAAAAACAGGGAUUUCUCCAGAAGUGUCAUGAGAUAUCUUCUCCUGGUCCUAAGAAGCACCAUUCAAAACUUGGUAACUCUUGUACAGGAGCCCUUAUUAGUCCCCCAGUAUUGAAGCAGAUUAAAAAUAGGGUCUUACAUGAAAAGUACAUUGACCAGCUACAUAGCAGGGAAGCUAAGAGAAAAGCACGGGCAGAAAAAGAAGUUUUUGGGCAGGAGAAUAGGGAAUCUAUUCAAAUUCAGAAAAUCGAUAAGGUUAGAGCAGCAAAAAAUGCAUUGGUUUCUGAUGCAAGAUAUGUUAUUAACCAGCUACAACAUCAGCAGACCUCUAGUGUUGACAACUCUUUGGAUUUGGAUUAUGAUGAUUAUGAUGAUAAUGAUGAUGAAGGUGAAGUUCAGCUUUAACAUUUCUUUUAGUUGUAUGAAACUCUGAUGUAAAUAGCUUGCUAAUUAUGGCUGUCGUAUGUAGCUGCUGACAUUUGAACCUCUUGUUUAGCCACAUUCCAGUUAUGGAGAUUCUAUGUUGUAAAUUUGUUUCUAAUACUAAUCUCAUUUUUUUCUCUAACUUUUUC